UGUGCGACAACAAACAUGCAUAGACUACUGAGUGUUGUAUUUGUUUCAGUCGCCCUAGCACAAGAUUUAAUCGUCGAUCUUCCCGAUGGGACAAUUCGAGGAUCCGAGAUUACCUACCAGAACAAGAGUUAUUACGGCUAUAGAGGAAUUCCUUUUGCAACUCCUCCUCUGGGAAAACUAAGAUUCCAGGGCCCGGUACCGCCUAAACCGUGGGACGGCAUCUUGGAGGCAAACGAAACACAGAGCUGUUGCAUAUCCAUGUCGCCAAAUGACCAGAUGAGUGAAGAUUGUUUAUAUCUCAAUGUGUACACGCCUGCAAGAAAGGCGAGUACAAAUGGUUCCGUAUGGAUGUCGUACAGGGUAUCUCAUUGUUGUGAUAUCAUCGAGAAAUUGCCAGUAAUGUUAUGGAUAUACGGAGGUGGUUUCACCAUCGGAUGCACAUCUGACGUUACGACUGGGCCAUUUUCUCUCCUAGACGAGGACGUAAUAAUCGUCUACGCCAACUAUAGGUUGGGAUUGUACGGUUUCCUAUCCACCCAAGACGACGUCGUUUUGGGCAACGCUGGGCUGAAAGACCAAUUGCUGGCGAUGAAAUGGACCAAGAAUAAUAUCGCACUUUUUGGUGGCGAUCCGGAAAAAAUAACCUUAUUUGGUGAAAGCGCAGGUGGUAUAUCAGUGGGAGCGCACAUUGUAAACACUAAGUCGGCGGGAUUGUACAGAGCAGCGAUUUGUCAGAGCGGCUGUUCGCUGACUUAUUUGGACAUUACGAACCAAAACGAUUCGCGGAAAGCAGCGUACGACUACGCCAAAUAUUUGGAUCCGACGAUUUCUGAUAAAAACUCGACCACUGAAAUUCGGGAUUUUUUACAAAGUCUCCCGGCGGAUGUGCUGACUCCGGCAUUCGCAGCAAAUACUCGUACAGGUAUAGCCAUUGAAGUUGAACACGAAGAUGCUUACGUCACAAGCCUCAGUUUUUCCCUACUAGAGUCUGGAAAUUUUAAUCAAGUUCCUCUAAUAAUUGGAACCACAUCAGCAGAAUCACUUAACACCUUUGCUGUGCAGGGCGGAGUGCCAGCAGUUAAGGCAGAGGCAGCAAAGUUUGAUUCGGAUUUGACCGCCAUAAUACCUUCCGAUCUGCUACUAUUGGUUGGCACUAACGCGACCGACGUUGGGUCCAUAAUUAAAGACGCAUAUGUGGGUCCAAACGGAUCGUUUAGUGAAAAUUUGGCUGCCGUUGUAGAAAUAACCAGCGACUUGAUGUUCGUCAAGUCAACAUUGAAGCAAGUGGAACUUCAGUCAAAUGUUACCCCCGUAUAUCUUUAUCAAUUUUCCUUCGCGGGAUUCUUGAGCAACCUUCUGCCAGUUAUCGAAGGAACCCCACACCCGACGCAACUGAUCCUCUGUUCAACCUCACGUGGCCGCAAGCUUCACCGACCAGUAUCCAGUAUUUAGACUUGGAUGAUGAGAUCGCGGUGAAGCCAAACAGAAAGGCAAAGCAAAUGGCCAUGUGGAACGACGUUUAUUACAAGUAC